GAGGGAGUUACGCGCGUGCACGGGAGGUCUCGGAAAGGGGGAGGCGGCGUCGUCGUCGUCGUCGUCGCGAACGCGCCUCAUCUUCUUCUUUACUCAACAGCUGCACCGGCAGGACAGCGACUAAACUAACCGACCUCGCUCUACUACUAACAUGGCGGACGGACGACAUCAAAGUCAACGUUAAGGCCAACACCACAGACACGUCCAACAAACAAAAAAAGGAAGUAUUGUCUUUAAAAAAAAAGAAAAAAUGUGGACGGUGAGGUCGUGGUUGUUUAGACCCUGAACGCACCACCGAGGCGCCUUGAAUUUCUCACUCAUCGUCACGACCGUCCGAGCAUGCCCACUCACUCCCCGCUGUCGCUUGUGGAGAGUCCGGACGGACCGGUCCAAGACAGUUGGACCAGCAACAGCGCCAACGUCCCGGGGCCCGGCUCCAGCAUGACGCCCCACGCCAACUACCUCCCAAAGGCCCACGAGCCGCCGUCUUGUAUGUUCUGCGACCAGACUUUCACCCACCAGGACGAGGUGGGUCCCCACGUGCUGACGCAGCAUCCCACCACCUUCUCCGAGCCGGCCGUGCUCCGGAUCGAAGCGGAAUUUAGGAUCCCGGGCCAGAGGGCGCGGGCCAAGCCGGGCAGCUUGGCGCCGGACAAAAAGGAGGUGCACAGCUGCGUGGUGUGCGGCCAGGUGUGGCAGGACGCCGGCGAGCUGGAGAACCACCUGAGGAAGCACAAGGACUACUUCACGUACUGCUGCAACGUGUGCGGGCGGCGCUUCCGGGAGCCCUGGUUCCUCAAGAACCACAUGAAGAUGCACGGGAAGCCCGGAGCCAAGGGCAAGGCCCUGCAGGAUCAGGAGAACCCCGUCACGGUCAACGACGUGGUCCAAGAGGCCGCGUCGGAGCCCGUGGUCACCGCCUAUAAAAUGUGCAUGGUGUGUGGUUUUUUCUUCCCGGACCACGACAGCCUCGUAGAACAUAGUAAAAUCCACAAUCGGGAGUCGGAGACAGACAAAGACGAAGAGUCAGGAGGCGGAGCUAUGGGAUUUGUCAGCCAACACAGAUUUCUUCAGGGUCUUAAUCUCAAGCCGUGUCCCCCAGGAGAGUCUUUGCGAGAAGCCGAAAGAACGUCCAAGUGGAUCCCGCAGCUGGACCCCUACAACACCUUCCAGGCCUGGCAGCUGGCCACGAAGGGCAAGGUGGCGGUCGGCCCCGUCACCACCAAAGACCUGAGCCAGGAGGCCAGCACGGACAACGAGGACUGCAGCUCGGACAAGGAGCAGAUGAACGCCGCCUGGCCCGACGCCCAGGGGGACAAAGCCGCCAGGGAGGUUCCCGGCCGGGAGCUCAGGUCUCAGCAUCCCGCCGCCACAGGAAGCCCGGCACCGCGGCUGCUGCAGCGGAGGUCCCUGAUGCAAAAGCGCAAAGACACGGAGAGGCCCACCACUUGCGAGGAAUGUCGGCGGACUUUCAAGACCUACCACCAGCUGGUGCUGCACUCCAGGGUGCACAAGAGGGAGGCGGGGGGCGACAGCCCCAACUCGUCCACGGAGGGGACUCUGUCCAAGGUGGACCACGUGGAGGACGGCACAGAGGACGGCGCCGAGGAGGCUGUUGUGGCCGAACACUUUGGUGCAGGUGAGGACGGCUUCUACCGAGCCAAAGUGCGCUCGAAACACUGCAGCUACUGUAACAAGUCCUUCCGGUCAAGGUAUUACCUCACAGUGCACCUGAGGACUCACACAGGUGAGAAACCCUACAAGUGCGGCUACUGUGACUACGCCGCCGCCCAGAGGACGUCCCUGAAGUACCACCUGGUGCGUCGGCACAAGGACAAACCCUACAUGGAGAUCCCCAGCAAGCUGGCGGCGCCCUCCGCGUCACCCCCGGGCGAUGCGAAACUCGCCGACGCGACACUGGCGGUGAAAAGAUCCCAACUGUGGUUUCCCGAGUUGUUGGCUGACGGAGCGCCAAGGGAAAGCCUCAAAAGCGAGGUGGAGAAAGCGGCCCCCAACACGGACGAGGAGCCUCAGAAGGCGAUCGCUAAUCCUGCUCUCAAGCAGGCGGCCAUCAAGUGUCCCGUUGAUGUGAAGGCGGAAGAGGAGGACGUUAAAGACGAGGACUGCGAGGCGCCGUUAAAUCUCUCCUUGAAAGUGUCUCUUUCCGUCCCUGCCAGGAAGGCUUCAAGUCCGUCUGCGUGUCCGUUGUGCGCGUAUAAAACCAUCUACCCGGAGGUCCUGACUAUGCACAAGAGGCUGACUCACAAAGAGAAGGCGGAUGUUUCCAGAAAGGUGCUUUUCAGCAAACACAAACGCCUCACAGGGUGCCCGCCUGCCCUCCAAGGUAAAGACGUCUCCCCGCUCGCCUUGAUCGACAGGCGCCACCCUCGCCGAACCAAGUCCCCGCCCCCUCAACCCGCACGACCCAAAGGACCCGCGCCGAUCAACGCGCCUCCCGCUCCGAAGCAAGCCCACGACGCACCCUGGAGGCAGAGCGUGGAGCCGCACCCCGGCAAGUACCACAUAGAGCGCCCGCCCACCUUGGACAUGGUGGCGGCCGCCGAGAGGAGUUUCCCCGGGAGGAGCGACGGCGCCAUUUGGCAGUCUGACGCCGCCCGCCUCUUCCUGUCCAGCCAGUUCGGGAGCCUCCCGAAGAUCAGGGAGCCCCCCGGCAGGAAGUUGAGGCCCGCUCAGCCUGCGAGGGACGCUGGCGAGAGGCCUCUUCAAGGGAGGGGCGUCAAAGUCCCCUCACCCGCAGAAGUCUUGGGUCCGAUCGGGAGUGCGUCCGUCGCCAGCAUCGGAGGCCGUUUGGAGUCUGACUGGAACAUGAUGAACCUCCUGCGCUCCUGCACCCCCAACAACCUGGCGUCGCUCUAUCACGCCGUCCCGGGCAACCCCAACCAUGGCGUGCUGACCAACCCCAGAGCAGGGGGCAGGAGUGUUCUCUUCCAUCACAUGACCACCACUCCACCUAACCUGCAGAGAAGAGAGCCUCCAGGCUCCGCCCCCAACCCACAAUACGGUACCUCCGACCACACAGCCUAGAAGUUCCCUUUUUCUUCUCAAACUGUCAACUUUCUUUUCUCCACGCCGCUACUUUAUUUUGGAAGGGCUCAGGUGUCAUUCCCCCCCCCCCCCCCCCCCACACAAGUUCCUGUGCCUUCAGUCCCUUUUUGAGCCUUUCCGUGGGACUUUGUGUGUGUGUGGACAUGAACGUGUGUGAAAGUGGAGCUUCUGUCCUCCAGCACUGACCACUUCCUCCCACUGGUACAGCUACUUCCUGCUACAUGAAGUCACUUUUCAGACUCCUCAAAGCCUUUCUUUAGUUUCACUCGCCAUCUUUCAUGGUGAGGAACCGACAAAUGCCAGCUGUGAUUAAUCACCACUUCAACUGUACACUGUGAAUGAAAUCACUCAAGAUUGUUUACAAGAUGUGCCAGCUUGGAGAUUAAGUUAUUUUUCUUUGUUUCACUUAUGUAAAAUAUUGUUUUGAGAUUUGUAUUAAGACUCGUUUCAAUAAAAAGAGGCAGAAAGGUGUGA